GGUUAGAGAACAAAAUCAAGGAAGAGAAAAAGGUCAGGAGCGAAGGGUAUUAGGUCGAGACAAGACGGAUGCAAUCCGUUGUGACGCCUGACCACUCAGAUAAUUAUACAUCCCUCCCUAAAGUGUUCUUAAAAGAGAGCCAUUAUAUGAACAUCACAUGCUUUAUGCGCGAUUCAUCAUUGGAACACCGUUGGACGAACUUAUAGUCUUCCAAUAACAAUGGCGACAUUGCAUAAGAAGCAUCUUUGUUCAUCAAACCUAGCUAUAAACGCUGUGUUUUUUGAUUUGGACAACACUCUCAUCGAGACUAGAAAGGGCGAUAAUCAAACAUGUCGAAAGUUGACCGAGGAACUAACACAAGAAUAUGGUAUUCCUGAAGACGUAUCUGUCAAGAUUACAACAACAUACUUGAAACUAUUUAGAAAAUGUCCUGACAAUGUAAUUAAUACUCUGGACGUUUGGCGCACAUCAUUAUGGACCAAAGCGCUUGGAGAAAAAUACUCGUACCUAGCAAAACGAGUUUACGAACGUUGGUUGCAUCUACGAUACUAUUAUCUGAUGAUGACUACAGACGUAAUUUCCAUGCUUCGUAAAUUGAGGAUAAAGUACCUCGUUGGUUUGAUUACAAAUGGUCCUUCCAAUGCUCAAUGGGAGAAAAUACACAAGCUUUCGCUUGAACAAUAUUUUGAUAUCAUCCUAGUAUCUGGAGAUUUACCAUGGGAAAAACCAGAAAGAGAAAUAUUUCGGAAAGCGUGUCGAUUUUUAAAUGUAAAGCCCGAUAGUUGUAUCAUGGUUGGUGACAAGCUGGAAACUGACAUUUUGGGUGGGAUAGAAGCUGGUCUAAGAGGUACUGUUUGGAUUCCAACUGUGGAUAAAUCACGUUUGUUAAGAGAAGAUCCACAACCAGAUUUUACUGCAAGGCAUGUAACGGAUGUUUUAACAAUUUUAAAUAGAGGGCCUGAUGCCCCAGAACUUGAAGAUUCUUCUUCAAAUGCAUCUGAUGGUAGUUGAUAAAAGAACAGACUAAGCCUUUAUAAAAUGUCAUAGUUGCUCAGGAUGAAAUUUCUGUCUCGAGACGUACAUUUACUAUAACUACUACUAUCAUAGUAUAUAACUUAAUUAAUUUAGAUAUUUUAAAAAUAACUCGGAAACAGUUUUUAUCAAGUUUCUGAUUAUUUUGGUAUUAAAUAGUAAGAGGUAUAAAAUUAUUAACUAGGAGAUAGUAAAUAAUUAGUUACAUUGCAUUUCAAUCUAAAAGGACGAUGUCUGUGCCUGUUUUACAGAUUUUUUUUGUUUUAAUUAUAUGUUUCUAGAUUGAGUACUAAUGCUUCUGUUCUUUUAUAAUUUGUACAAGAUUACAAUUAUAUCUUUUUAGGAAGAGAUUUAAUGGAAUAUUAAGCACUUUUUUUAAUUUAUUUUUUUUUUUUCACUAUUUAACCAAAUUUUAUAAUAAAUUUUCGUUUUUAUAGUCAGUUUGUAACAAUGUACAUUAUAUUAUUAUUAUAUAUAUAUGUGUGUGAAUUUUUAAACAAGAAAAACGCACUUCGUAUGCGAAGCGUGUAAACAAAUUUAUACCUGCAUAAUAAUAAGUAGAGAGUUUUUAAUGUUAUUAAUGAAAAAUAACUGUUUUAGUUUUAUAGCUCAUGUAUAAUAUAUGCUGUAUGCAUAAAAUA